UCUGCCUUGUGGAGUGUGUGGAUACAGAGCUGGAGGGAAAGUGGCUGUGUGGACAUGUCAUAGUUCACUCUAGGCUCCUGAUCAAGACUUGGCAUUGAGACAAAAUGAAGACCCAGUUUGGAGUUUUGGUUUUUAUAGCCCAGGGGCUGCUCUACUCCGAGGCUUGGUUCUGGUCCUGGUCCAGUACCACAACUGCAGCCCCAGCAGUGGAUCAUGAGGGCUCUGGCAGUUUUCCAGGAAGUGGGGAGCAACUACAAGAGGAUGGGGCUGCAGCAGAGAUCAUUAAUGAAGGACAUGGGAUCCAAGAGGUGGCUCAGACCACUGAGCGUCCUCCACAGACCACUCUUAUACCUACAACACAACUGGAGAAUGACUGGGCGCCAGAGAUGAGCACAGAGGAGGGUUCAUCACUCGCAAGUACACCUGGUAAUAGCACAGCUUCCAUAGAAGAAGACAAUGGCGUCUCCCUGCUGCAGCUCAUCGGGGAUCCUCCUCCCAGCGAGAUCAGCCUCGUCUACGGCCCCGAUAACAGCCCCAGAUACGUCUUUGGUCCCGAUGCCAACGUGGGCCAGCUGGCACAAACCUACCUGCCCAAUCCGUUCUACCGGAACUUUGCUCUCAUCUUCAACCUGAAACCCACCUCCGACAAUGGGGGGGUUGUCUUCUCCCUCACAGAUGAACAACAGCAGAUCAUAUACGUGGGCGUGAAACUGUCGGCUGUGCAGGGGGGCCACCAGCACGUGAUCCUGUACUACACCGAGCCCGACUCACAGGCGUCCUACGAGGCUGCCCGGUUCCGUGUGCCCUCCAUGAGGGACACCUGGACCCGCUUCGCUGUCGCCGUGAGAGACGAUAAAGUGAUGCUCUACCUCAACUGUGACAUAGACCCCCAGGUGAUGCGCAUUGAGAGGUCCCCAGAUGAGAUGGAGCUGGACGCCGGCGCCGGAGUGUUUGUUGGGCAGGCCGGAGGAGCCGAUCCAGACCGGUUCCUGGGGGUGAUCGGUGAGCUGAGGGUGGUGGGAGACCCCAGUGCUGCUGAGAGACACUGUGAAGAGGAGGAGGAUGACUCGGACGCGGCAUCAGGGGAUGGAAGUGGCUACGCGGAGGCCAGGCCCACAGAUCCAGCUGUGAAGAGACUGACGACAGCUCCUCCGUCUUCUCGACCCAUUCAGCAGCCUCCACUCAUCAGGAGAGAUGAGGUGUCCAUCACACGGGAGACGGCCAGUGACUCUCAGCACAUUUCAGUUUUAGUGAAGCCCAGACCCAGUGCUCCUGGGUCACCAGGACCCGCUGGGCCUAAAGGAGUGAAGGGCGACAGAGGAGAGAAAGGAGAUAAAGGAGACAGGGGUCCAACUGGGCCGAAAGGAGAGACAGGCAGUGGCUCCAGCUUACGUGGUGGAACCCGUGGGGAGAAGGGUGAACCUGGAGAAAAAGGAGCCAAGGGAAGCGCAGGAUUUGGCUACCAAGGAAAGAAGGGUGAGCCUGGCCCCCCUGGACCAGCUGGGCCCCCUGGACCUCCAGGCCCCGCAACAGAGCUUUCAGUUGGUAGUGAUGGCUCAGUUGUUUCCAGGGUCCCUGGACCCAGAGGACCUCCUGGACCUCCAGGUGUCCCAGGCUCUGAGGGACCACCAGGAGCAGAGGGAGAGCCAGGGGAUCCGGGUGAGGAUGGAAAAACUGGGCCAGAGGGACCUCGAGGAUUCCCAGGAACUCCAGGCGACCCUGGACCCAAAGGAGAGAAAGGGGACCGUGGAGAGGGCCAACCUGGCCCCAAAGGCCCCCCGGGCCCACCUGGACCACCAGGACAAGGAUUACGAUCUACUUUCGUGGACAUGGAAGGCUCAGGGUUCCCUGACUUGGAAUCUUUUCGGGGUUUACCUGGGCCACCAGGUCCUCCUGGUCCACCAGGUCCUGCUGGUCCUUCUACAACUGGCACAAUAACAAGUUCUGGGGCUUUUGGCCCACCAGGAAAGGAGGGGGCACCUGGUAAACCUGGCCUGCCUGGAUUACCCGGGGCUGAUGGCAGCCCAGGUGCUCCUGGACCCAAGGGAGAAAAGGGUGAUUCUGGCGAGCUGGGUCUUCCAGGAGCAGUUGGACAAAAGGGAGCUCAAGGAGAGGCUGGCUUACCGGGACCUACUGGAGAGCCCGGACUGGCUGGUCUUCCUGGACCCAUGGGGCCAGUUGGGUCACCUGGACCUCCCGGACCUCCAGGACCAAGCUAUCGCGUUGGAUUUGAUGACAUGGAGGGGUCUGGUGGAGGUUUUACCAAUGGACUUCCUGGUAUCAGAGGACCACAAGGAAGACAAGGCUCUCCUGGUGUACCCGGACUCCCAGGCCAACCUGGACAACCUGGAACACCAGGUCCAAAGGGCAGCGAAGGUCCUGCAGGCGGGGAAGGACAGCCAGGCCUGGAUGGCUUCCCGGGGGCUCAGGGACCAAAGGGUGACAGGGGCGACAAAGGAGAGAGGGGCGAACCCGGUCGAGAUGGAACCGGACUCCCAGGUCCACCUGGCCCACCUGGACCACCAGGUCAAAUCAUCUACCACACAUCUGGCAAUGUUGACAGUGUUAUUGGCAAUGCUGGACAUCAGGGUCCUGUUGGACCUAAGGGAGAUAGAGGAGACCCUGGUCAUCCAGGCUAUGGGGUAAAGGGGGAAAAAGGUGAGCCAGGAUUGAUCAUAGGCCCUGAUGGGAAUCCUUUGCAUCUGGCAGGAUUAACAGGUCCCAGGGGAGAGAGGGGGUUACCUGGACCUGCUGGACCCACUGGCCCCUAUGGACCUCCUGGAUUAAAGGGUGAAAUUGGAAUGCCUGGAAGACCUGGUCGGCCUGGCGUUAAUGGAUACAAGGGUGAGAAAGGAGAGUCCGGAGGAGGAGCUGCCUAUAGCUACCCGGGAGUCCCUGGCCCACCAGGACCACCUGGACCACCUGGACCCCCUGGCCCUGCCAUUCCUUUAGACCGCUUAAAUCGUCAUGAUGAAACUUCGAGGAGUUACACAGCAAUUAAAGGAGAAAAAGGAGAGCGAGGACUCCCAGGAUUCCCAGGAACAGCCUCUAAUUUUGACAUUUACGCAUUCAAGAGUGAACUAAAAGGAGAGCCUGGUGUGAAGGGAGAAAAGGGAGAGCCAGGUGGUGGCUAUUAUGACCCACGUUUUGGAGGAGUGCAAGGCCAACCAGGGCCUCCAGGGAGACCAGGACUACCAGGUCCAAAAGGAGACUCAGUAAUUGGCCCUGCUGGACCCCAAGGACCAGCAGGGCCUCCAGGCAUUGGUUACAAUGGGCACCCAGGUCCUCCUGGACCGCCUGGACCACCAGGACCUCCAGCAUCCCCAGUACCUGGAACUUACGGGCCCAAUUACUCUGUCAGUGUCCCUGGACCCCCAGGCCCUCCUGGUCCCCCAGGUAGCCCCGGCCUCUCUUCUGGUGUCACAGUGCUGAGGUCAUAUGACACAAUGAUUGGUACAGCCAGACGCCAGGCGGAGGGGAGCCUUAUCUACAUCAUCGACAAAGCAGAUCUGUAUUUAAGAGUACGUGAUGGAGUACGCCAAGUCAUGCUUGGAGACUACAGUCCCUUCUUCAGAGAUUUGGAGAACGAAGUAGCAGAAGUCCAGCCUCCUCCCGUGAUCCUGUACCCCCAGUCCCAGGACCAGUCCCAGAGUAAUGGAGCUGGUCAUUAUUCCCAGGGGGUUCCCGUCAUCCAACCCAUUGGUCCCCCACCACAGACACCUGUAGAACCCAUAUAUCCCCCACAGUAUGAUUCCAGGUUCCCAAACAUAAAACAAACAGGUCAUACAGAUGGAAGCCUAGCCACCCAACAGACUGAUGGCAGGUACUCGGCGACUCCACCGAGACGACCAAGUCCACCUGUCCCACAGCCCGGUGUCCACGUAGACGCAUUCCGUUCAGUACUUCAUCUUGUGGCCUUGAACGCCCCUCAAACUGGAAACAUGCGAGGAAUCCGUGGCGCAGACUUCCUGUGCUUUCAGCAGGCUCGAGCUGUGGGUCUGAAGGGCACCUUCAGAGCAUUCCUGUCCUCCAAGCUCCAAGACCUCUACACCAUCGUACGCAGGACGGACCGGGACAACGUCCACAUUGUCAACCUUAAGGACCAAGUCUUGUUCAGUAGCUGGGAGUCACUCUUCAGUGCUGAGGACACAAUGAGGGACAAUGUGCCCAUCUACUCUUUUGAUGGUAGAGAUAUCCUCAGGGACAGUGCAUGGCCAGAGAAAAUGGUCUGGCAUGGAUCGAGCACCAAAGGCCACCGACAGACGGACCACUACUGUGAAACAUGGCGGGCCAGUGACCGUGCUGUAACUGGUCUGGCAGCUUCGCUACAGAGUGGACACCUUCUGCAGCAAACCUCCAGUAGCUGCUCCGGCUCCUACAUAGUCCUCUGCAUUGAGAAUGCCAUUACAUCCCAUUCCUCAAAGUAAAUCCCAUGUUUUUUUGUCCUUGUAAUGUUUGGGCCCUUGUUACACAGUUUUAAUGCCCAAGCAGGAACGUGCUUCAAUUCCCUGAUAACCUGCCAUGUGACCACGUGGCGUCCAAUGAACUGGCCCGUGGAUCUAUGCCUCGCAGAGACGCUUUGUCAUGUCUGCUCCUCCCCUCCUCAAAUGCCAAAGAGGUGGAUCCAACCAAGGAAUGCUGGUCCAUUUUCUUAGGGGCAUUGGCACAUACUUUCUUCAAGGGGUGCAACAACAAUGGAGAAGCUACUGCUUCUCAAAUUGUAUCUGUUUUUUAAAGAUCCUGUGUAUGACAUGUUUGUUGUUAGUGUUCUUUUUUGAUGUUAUCAAUGUUUUACCAUUUGAUUGUUUUUAAAAAAUGCUAUAUCCAACUGUUUUUUUUUUGUAUUUUUAGAUAAUAAUCAUUUUCACUUUUCAAUUAUCUUUUAGAAUAAUGGGUGACAAUGGGGUACAGCAAACAUUUAAGGACUACUUUAAAUUUUAAGAGGAUGAUAGAUAUUUAUUUUUGAAUGAAGUUAUAUAAGGUUAAUCAUAAAAUCAUUUUGGAAAAAAUAAAACAAAGCUAUUCAAGCCAGCAGAGAUAAGAACCUGCCUUACCGUGGGCUCAGAGCCCUAUGAGUCAGCAGAUCCACAACAGCCCAAGAGAACGCUGAGCAGGAACAGGUCACUGCCUCUUUUGUAGCGGCUGCUUUAAAGAUUAGGACACGCAGCGAAGAAUGAGACAGAAGGAUGCAAUGACCUGCCCAUUGUGCUACUGAUGUCUUGACAGGACCUGUGGAUUUCAACUUUUAUAAGAAAAUGUGCUGUACUGUUUCUCCCAGGCACUGAAUUAAAGUCUUCUUCAACCGCAAAGUGAUGUAAUGUA